UGCCAGUCCGCAGCCCGCAGCCCUGGGCGGCUCUCGGUCUCUCCCUUUUCGCAACCGUCAAGCCGUUGACUCCAGCGCGAAAAACACCGUCCUAACUGACUUCGCCGCGGCAAUUCAAUCCUCUUUCUCGCCUCGUGUGCCCUUCGCCUGCAUCUCUCGUCCAAUGCUCUCCGAAUCCCCUCCGAUCUAAAAACUGUCGCGUCACCUUCGAUCGCUCGCUAUAUCCAGCCAUAGACUUUUUUUUUCGGUGCCAGUGCUGUGUCCCUCCUUGCUUUUACUCUUUCUUGACUUUGUGUUUUUGGGGAUGUUUCCCACACUGCCUCGACUAGGAGCACAAACAACUCUUCGUGCCAUCCCCCGUGCUUCUCCAUCUUCGGCUGCUCUCAAGGCCUUCGCCAUGGCUCCUACAAACAAGCGGAAGGCCUCGAACAGGCCUCAAUUCUGGGUGACUGAGGAAUACCGAGAAGACCUCUCCAAAGGCCCCAUGCUCCGGUUCGAGGAAUCUCUCCCCAGACUACCGGUCCCUUCCCUCGAAGAAACCUCCGCCCGCUAUCUGAAAAGCCUGCACCCUCUCCUGACCAAGGAGGAGUAUGCUGCUUCCGAAAAGGCCGUAGCUGAUUUGAACAAACCGGGAGGCAUUGGCCAGAAGCUGCAGGAGAGAUUAAUAGCCAAGGCACAAGAUCCCAAUGUCAAGAACUGGAUAAUUGACUGGUGGAACGAGGCUGCAUACCUGGGCUACCGUGACCCUGUGGUGCCCUAUGUCUCUUACUUCUACUCCUUCCGCGACGACCGCCGAAGAAGAAACCCUGCCAAACGUGCCGCUGCCAUAACAACCGCGGCUCUCGAGUUCAAGAGACAGGUUGACGACGGGACUCUGGAGCCCGAGUACAUGCGCAAGAAGCCCAUGGCCAUGAGCAGCUACCAGUACAUGUUCAACACCUCUCGAGUCGCCGCCAACCCCGUCGAUUAUCCCAUUCAGUACCCCGCCGCAGGCAACGAGCACAUUAUUGUCAUGCGAAACAACCAGUUCUGGAAGCUUCAGACCCACGUGUCUGGCAGGCAACUCAACACCUCCGAGCUCGAGCUCCAGUUCAAUAAGGUCUACAAAAAUGCCCAGCUGGCCGACCCCAUCGGGGCCCUGACUUCUUUCCCCCGCGAUCAAGGCGCGACAGCCCGCGAAAACCUCCUGGCCGCAUCUCCAUUGAACGCCGAAGUCCUGAAACAGAUCGAGUCUUCAUCCUUUUUCGUGUGCUUAGAUUCCAGCAUGCCCAUCACCCUCGAAGAACGCGCUCACGUCUACUGGCACGGCGACGGCUCGAACCGAUGGUACGACAAGCCUGUCCAAUUCAUCAUCAACGAUAACGGCACCGCCGGCUUCAUGGGCGAACAUUCCAUGAUGGAUGGCACACCGACCCACCGUCUUUGCGACACAGUGAACGCCUACAUCACUCACAACAAACUUGACUUUGACAACCCGUCCAUCCGUUCCGACCUGCCCGACCCUGUUGCCUUGAAGUUUGAAACCUCCGCAGCCGUGCUUGACGACGUGGCCAGUGCGCAGGCCCAGUUCCGUCAAGUCAUUGCUUCCCACGACCUCCGCGUGCAAGCAUACCAAGGCUACGGCAAGGGACUGAUCAAGAAGUUCAAGUGCUCCCCGGACGCGUACGUGCAGAUGGUCAUCCAGUUGGCGUACCACAAGAUGUACGGCAAGAACCGACCCACAUACGAAUCCGCCGCAACCCGCAAGUACCAGCAGGGCCGAACAGAAACCACGCGCACGGUCUCCGAUGAGAGCGUGGCGUUCUGCAACGCCGUGGCCGACCCGUCUGUUUCUCGCGAGGAAUGCGAACGUCUCUUCCGUGCUGCUGUUCAAGCACAUGUCCAAUAUACCGCUGAUGCAAGCGACGGGUAUGGCGUGGACCGUCAUCUAUUCGGAUUGAAGAAACUCAUCCAGCCCGGCGAGGAGACGCCCGAGGUCUUCACCGAUCCCGCGUACACCUACUCGAGCACCUGGUAUAUCUCGAGCAGCCAGCUGAGUUCAGAGUACUUUAACGGCUACGGAUGGAGUCAAGUUGUGGACCAAGGAUGGGGUAUUGCUUAUAUGAUUAAUGAGAACAGUUUACAAUUCAACAUUGUCUCCAAGAAACUCGGCUGUGAACGGAUGAGCUUCUACCUCAACGAAGCCGCCAACGACGUCAGAGACAUGCUCCUCCCCAGCAUGGAGACGCCCAAGGCCAAGCUGUAAACGGCGACACAGCGCGAUCGACCUUUAAAAACUUUCCUUUGUUUGACGAUGGGUGGAGUGGCAGACACCGCAUCAACCCCAGCUGGCCUGCCGCGAGCAUCUAAGAGCACAUAAUGCGCGAGCCACGGGUCAGCCAGCCCGGAGGGUGGUCGUGCCGAGGAUGCGAGAUGGUUGCAUUUGUUCUUGUUGCCUGGGAUCCGAGACCGAGCUUGAUAGGCUGGCUCCCACCAGCAGGGUAUCUGACGUCCGGGACAAAGCCAAGAGGGGAUAGAUCUCUCUCUAUCUUGUGUUUGUGUGCUUUUUUGUUCAGUGGGUGCGCCCCACCCACCGCAUCGCUUUGCUUUUUCUUUUCAUGGGCAGCACAGUGCACAUACGCCAUGUCGUGGGGGCUUGCAUAGAGAAAUGAAUGGGGGAGAGACAUCGAUGCGAGCCAGACAUAUUCGCAGGUGAUGUUGUGUCAAGGGGGGAAGGGGAAGGCAAUGUACGAUACCAUAACUGAUAUUGCCGUUUAUUUUGCAGUUUGCUGGGGUAUUUAUAUUACAUUGCAAACUUUGAAGCCGA